ACUGUGAACUAACGUGUUAGAUCGCUAACAUUUUUCGUCAGGAAACCUGAGCCGGCUUUCCGUCAGGAGGAACAUAAUCCUUUUCAUGCAUUCAUUGCAUCUUGACUUGAGCACAUUGAUACUCACAUAUAUAGGGCGAACUGUUGUUAUUCUCAUUCCAAUUCCGUUGUCGGCCGUUUGCUGCACGGUCGCGUUAGCUGGUGCACUGGUAAAUUUUCUUUCCUUGAGCUCUCCGGCGUGUCGAACCCUGGCUAGUAGUACUAGUAGUGACCUGGAUUGCAACUUUGUUUCAAUAGUUCUGGGAUUUGCCGAGCAUUUCGCGUCUAUCCAGGUUGCAGACCGCUUUGUUACCUAUGCCCAAAGGAUGGAGUGUCAGCAUUCGCUUUCUCUAAUUUCUACCCUUCUCUUGCUGUUCUCACUACCAAGUGCAUCGCGUGGUGCCAGCUGCAGUGACCUGUUCGCUUGCAGCGCGCACGGAAUAUGUACUGCGGGAGCGCUGGCAGGGACUAUUGUGUGCAGCUGCGUUACUGGUUACUAUGGCGAUACGUGCCAGUACAGCACAUUAGCUGACGGCUGCAGCAGCCAGCCGUGCAGUGGCAAUGGGCAGUGCAUACCUGCAGGGGGCACUAACUACGUUUGUCUAUGCUACGACACGUACUACGGAGACUUCUGCCAGUAUGGCGGAUCCACAAUCUGAUAUAGUCAGUGAUAGUUGUUCACUCAGCUACUGCAGCUAUCACGGAGAGUGCAGCACCACUGCCUCUGGGACCAGGUCAUGCCAGUGCUAUUCAGGGUAUUCCGGCACGCAGUGUCAGGAUGACAACGAUAUCUACGCCAAUGGUCCACAGAUCAUCACGUCCGGAGUAACUACCACCAUCUCCGGCGGAGGCAUUGCCGGCAUCAUUGUUGGAGUACUGUUUGUUCUGUUUGGCUUCAUCGUCAUACCCUGCACGAUCAUGCGUAUUGCCGGAAAGCAGAAAUAUCGCCAGAAUCGUCGUCAGCACACCCUCUCGCCUACCGGCCAAGCCGGCAGCCCGGCAUCCGCUCCGGCAACAGGACAAUGUCAGAUGAUAGCUGUAGCUCGGUGCAGGCCGGCUGAUGGCAGUGCUGGAGGCCCUGCUUCGACCAUGGUGUUCACAGCACACGCUGCACCGGGCAUUACUCACACCGUCACGCCUCUGGACGCUCCAGCCGUUCCAAACCGACACCAAGAAGGAAAUCCGGGUGCCUGCACUGCCCACACAAUGGCCCAGCAAAUGCACAGCUCUUCCACCUGCAUGCCGGCCCCGGCGCAGGAGUAUGCUUCCAACGCAUCCGCCGGGGAGCCAGUCCCCACCUACACCUUUUCAGCCGACCCAGACAGUACUCUGCCUGCUCCUCCACCAUACAGUGACACUUCCCCAUUGUGUCCUGACGUUUGACAAGUUUCUGUUCUUGAAGUCUUCUUUUAAAAUUCAGGUAUAGCUCAUGCUUAGCUAGUUUCCCGACUCUCAAUGUGUGAUAAUUCAAAUGUCCCCUAUGCAGCCAAUACCCAAUGUUUUCUUGACAGCUUCUUCGUCAUGAUUUGUGCAGUCUUUGUGGCUGAGUAUUACAGGACCCAAGGGCGUACAGAAACGACUGCACUCUCCCCUACCAUUGAAGGUCAUCAUGUGACGAUGUGGCUAUGAGGUUUCUAGUACUUACUCGUUCAAGCCCUGCAGCACACUGAUAACUUUCUUCUUGACUCUGCUCUCUAUUUGAUCGUCCCUUUUUUCUUCUUCUCCUUGCAUUAUUCCUGGUGAAUAAUUGUGAUUCCCUGAUAUGCUAUAUAUUUUUCAAUUUCGCCCCGCUAUGGCUGCACAAUAAUUAUGCAAUGUAAUAGUAUUAGUCUUGGAGGUGAGACAUGUGUUAGUUGCCAUACUGGCAUGUGAGCUGGCCUCUCGGCACUGAAAGUGCAGCUUGCUCGACUCUACUCAACUGGGUGACGAUGAACCAUA